AUGUCGCGAACAACUACACGGUCCAUUACCAGCGCCGGCAGCGAGUCGGCGCCCAGUCCGAGAGAACGCUCAACUUCAGCGCGUGGAGAGCGCUCGGCAUCAAAUCCAGCUUCCUUUUCCUUGGAUACGAACCAAUAUGAUACGGCCCUGCCCCCGAUGCACUUUCACCAACCACCGACCAUCGCACACCGCCGGACAGGGAGUACAUUGAAAACGGUGAUGCGCAAGAUCUUCAACCGGAAGAGACAAAGUCAGGCUGAUGGAGUAGAGGAGAAUCCGAAUGAGAGUUACUACUCGUCACCAGCAAGAUCAUCGGGCCCAAUUGCGGGCAAGUCAUUCUUGUCGGUCCCAACUUCGACAGAGUCCAAACGGAGCAGUCCCUUGUCAGAAGAGAACUUGCAACUAGCAGAGACUCAUUUGUCUCCAACUAGUGCCACCGGCGGCUCUUUACCAUCGCCCGGGAUGGCCCCGCGCCGACGACGUGCGACCUUGCCCAGUGUGAUUUUCUCCGACGACGAAUCUAGAUAUGCAGUUGCAUCAGCAGUCUCCGAUCCCCAGGAGGAUCGACCUGUUAUCCCGGAUCAAGAGCGCCAGCGAAUAAUGCUUCAGUCUCGACGCAGGUCCAGGAGUAUUGGCGCAUUGCAGGAUCUGGUCGUCAAGCGGCCAAUGUCACCCCCAGAAUGGCCAACACGCACCGCUUCUCUUCAUGAUUCAGUUGCAGACUCAAAGUCUCCCCGUCCCGGAGGAGGCAGCUCUGCUAGCGACCAUUCUGGCAGGCCCUCGACCGGCACCACAGUAACCAGCGUGACGAGAGCAUCGGCAGCACCCUCCAUGCAGGAAUCAGACCCGCACGCAGACCAAAUCAGUCUCCCACCCAACGUGGGCAAUCUAAUGCGCACAAUGCAACAAGACGACAGUCUCACCCUCGAACAACGCCUCAACACAAUCGAAGUCAAAAUGAUCGACCUCGAAUUCGCCAUCGCCCGAAUGCAAUCCAAUUCCGUCGCCGACAACCCCCAAGACCGAGACAGAUCCUCAUUUCGCCGAAAAGAAGAUUCCUUCCCACAAACCCGCAGCAAACCCUCAUAUCUAAGCUCCCUCGACCGCGAAGAAUCCUCCCCAACACCACUAUCAACAAGCCUCCCCACAGCCCGCCCAACAAGUACCAGCACAAUCCGCGCAGACACACUAAACGCGCGCACUCUCCGCCCUGCACCAUCCGCCUCCUCUCUCACAGAAUAUAACGCAAUCUCCAUCGAGCAAUACAGCGCUCUAGUAACCCUCCUCCGGCGCGAACAAACCGCCCGCCGAAACCUGGAGAGCCAAGUAUCCAGUUUGAAGGAUGAUAUCCGGCAUAUUCAGCGGGCGGCGCUGCAUUCGAUGGAGAAUGGUGGGACGAUGUAUCCUAUUCAUAGUGUUGAUUCGCAGGAGUUUUUGCGGUUUAGGAGGGCGUUGGAUGAGUCGGAUUCUAGUUCGCCGGUGAGGGCGUUGGAUGAGAAGGGGAAUGCGGCUUUUGAGACGGAGUCUGAUUAUGAUCCGUUUGGGCCGCCCAAGUGGGAGAGGGAGAGAGAUAGAGAUAGGGAGAGAGAGCUUGAGCUUGGGAAUGGGAAUGGGCUUGGGCAUGGGCAUGGGGGGAGGAGGGUUGUUACUGCGCCGAUGAUUUGA